UUUUAAUUCCAAAAAUAUAUCAAAGAUAAAAAUGCUUUUAAACUCUGGUUGCAUGUUGGGACAGAAUUGCUUAUAUAUGUUGUUUAACAAUUUGCUGCGGUAUUUACCAAAAUGGCAGCGCCCUGCUGUCAACGCUAGGCCACUGACGCUAGGCAGUGUAAAGUCGUAAGACGGUAUCAAUAUCAGGGUGGGGUAUCAGAAAUCGUUGUUGACGUGUAUGGCAUGUAGAAAAAGGUUAACGAGUAGGUGUUGAUGCAGUUAGUCAACUAUACUGAGGAACUGAAACCUGAAUGAAAUACUCCAAGCUUCCGUAGCCCAGGCAGCAAGAAUCAACUUCAACCAUGAAUUCUCACCAUGGUGGCCGCGAGUCCAGCCCCCCAGUGGAACCUUUUCACACCCUCUGCGUACUGGAGUUUGUCACUGAUGCUCCUCAAGCAGCCAUAGAGUGGAUGAUCGCCAAGAUCCACGCACAACGGACAGCAGGGGGCGCUGAACUGCAGGCAUAUUCUGUAGUAAACAGACACAACCAGGAGGUGAUCCUCCAUAUUGGGGCCGGCACGGACCGUCUGCUGGAGGCGGCAGAGUUGAUGCAGAUCAAGAAGGAGGACAGUGCAGGGGUGCUGAGGGAGAUUACCAUUGCUGAGAUUAGUCAGUUUAAGAAGUCAGGGGAUCUGGCAAAUUUUCUGACUUUGGCUGAAAAGCAGCAGAUCAUCCUCCAUGAACUGGAGAAGAUCCGUGCCUCAGAUUCAGACAAACAUGUCCCAGGGUAUUUGAAGAAAAAGUUGUACCCAGGACAGUCUAUAGUAAGAAAACUACUGAAUGAUGCUGUAAUACAUAAACUAUAUCCCCUCCAUGACAGAGAUGUCCUGAAGAGGCUUGGAGAAGAGUGGUAUAAUAAGGUCAGCAAGCCUCAGCCCAUAGAUGACAUUCGUACCUACUUUGGAGAAACCAUUGCAAUGUACUUUGGUUUCCUUGGCUUUUACACUAUGGCUCUUAUCCCACCGGCCAUUUUGGGUCUCAUGUAUUACUUUGUUGCCUGGCAGGACAUAAAUCGGCUGGCACUUUUUGCAGUGUUUAAUGUAGUCUGGGCUACCAUAUUCUUACAAGUUUGGAAGAGGAAGGCCUCAGAAUUCGCCUUCAAAUGGGGAACUCUGGACAGAGUCCACUUUGAGGACUGCAGGGCAGCGUACUUUGGUAAAAUGGGCAUAAAUAAGGUGACGGGCCGCCCCGAGCCUGUCUACCCAAAGUGGAAGCGUGUUUUAAGGUUCUAUUGCAUCACCAUACCAAUCAUCCUUUCUUGUCUGCUGUUUGCGGUUGGGGUCAUGCUGGUGUAUUUCUGGUUUCAAAUAGAGGCCGAGGUGUACCAUGCCGAGUGGCAGACAUUAUGGACAAAGGCGCUGGUUCUGGUGCCGAGUCUCCUGUACAGUGUGGCCAUUGUUGUGAUGAACAGCAUCUACAGAAAGAUAGCAAAGGCGCUGAAUGAUUUUGAAAAUCACAGACUCCAGUCUGCUUAUGAUAACCACCUGAUUAUCAAGCUAGUUUUGUUUGAUUUUGUCAACUGUUUUGUGGUGUUGUUUUACAUAGCUUUCUAUAUGCAAGAUAUUCCUAGACUCAGGAGUUCCUUGGCACUUCUGUUGAUCAUACAGCAAGUAAUAGGACAAAUUCAGGAAUCCCUCCUUCCAUAUUUGAUGUUCAGGUACAAGUCCAAUAAAAUGGACAAAGCUGAGGAGAGAAGAGAGAGCCUCGUAGAUAAAGAUGCCAAAGUCGACAGUGAUGAAAGCAGUCAUGUGACUGAUAUCAUCAGCAAGGAGGUCAGAAAGCAGGCCGAGGUGGAGGGCGAGAUGGAAACCUACGAAGGCACCAUGGAUGACUACCUGGAGAUGUUUAUUCAGUUUGGCUACGUGGUGCUGUUCUCUUCCGCCUAUCCUCUUGCAGCAGUCUGGGCCUUCAUCAACAAUGUCACCGAGAUAAGAACAGACUCGUUCAAACUCUGCAAAGUGUUUCAGCGUCCUUUCUCUCAACCCACCGCCAGUAUUGGUGCAUGGCAGAUUGCCUUCCAACUGAUGGGGAUAAUAGCUGUGAUGACCAACUGUGCCCUAGUGGCCCUGUCCCUGCAUAACCAAGGUCUGCUGCCAAAGUGGGACACUGCUGACUUGGUGUUAUUGUUUGUAGGAGGCGAGCACUUAGUGUUGGCCCUGACACAAGUAUUAGGCGCCAUGGUCCCAGAUCUGCCAAGGACUGUCAGGACAGAGAUGGCCCGGAUCGAGUUCCAGGCUAGACAGGCAUGGAGGAAUGAGAGGAGCCAAGCUGCCAGAACCCACCGAGUGAAGUUAAGGCGAGCAGUUUCUUUAUUAAAUGCAACGCCAAUUUCAAUGCCACCCCUUGCAGACAGUAAAGUAGAUGGCACUACUAUGCAACACAGGACCACCAAUGUUUGAAGAAGAAAACAAAUUUUUUUUUGGUUUUAUUUGAUGUUCUUAUUUAUU